AUGCCUCUCCCUGACACCGUCGAGCUACCCGCUGGCUUCGACGCCCACGUCCACCUGCGUGAUGGCGACAUGUGCAAGGUAUUUCGAAGUGCAGCCAACAUACAGACUCUUGAGUACACCAACCGACUGAUUAUCCCAGAUCGUUGCCCCGACGGUCCGCCAGGGUGGAGUGAACCAGGUAAACCGCACACACAUACGCCCGACACUGAGAUGGCAUCUUCACUAACACUCUCGCUGGCCCUGAUCAUGCCAAACCUGGCACCUACUCCCGUGACAACGGUCAAGAUGGCUCUGGACUACUCUGCGCGUAUCAAGCAGGCCCUGGGAAAGGACGAGGUCGACCUCCUCAUGACCCUUUACCUCCACCCGGACGUCACCUCCGAGACCGUCAGAGAGGCGAAGAAGGCCGGUGUUGCCGCCGUAAAGAGUUAUCCCGCCGGCGUCACUACCAACAGCUCCGCCGGCGUCGUGGACUACGACGCCUUCCACGAGGUCUUCAAGACCAUGGAGGAGGUCGAUCUCAUUUUGUGUCUCCACGGAGAGUGUCCGUCUCAUGCCGGCAGCGAUAUCACCACUCUCAACGCCGAGUCAAAGUUUCUUCCUACCCUUAAGGCACUCCAUGCCAAGUACCCCAAGCUCAGAAUCAUUCUCGAGCACUGCACAACCGCCGAGGCUGUCGAGGCCGUCAAAGCAUGCGGCCCUAACGUCUCUGGCACCAUCACCUGCCACCACCUCUUCAUCACCAUCGACGAUGUUGUCGGUGACGCGCUGAACUUCUGCAAGCCUGUUGCCAAGCUCCCUGCCGACCGCAAAGCCCUCCUCAAUGCCGUCGCCCACAGCAAUGGAAAGUUCUUCCUUGGCACCGACUCGGCCCCGCACCCUAUCACCUCCAAGACGGGCCCUUCCAAGGCUGCUGCCGGUGUCUUCACUCAACCCUACGCCGUACAGUAUCUCCUUGCGGCCCUCGACGACGCCGUCGCUCGCGGAGAGCUCCGGGACGAGGAGAUUACCCAAGAGGGCCUUGAGGGCUUCGUCAGCGGCUACGGCCGCAAGUUCUACGGCACUGAGGACCUCCGCAAGGAGCGCGUCCGCCUCACACGCGGCGGCGCCGUUGUCGAUCAGAUGUUCGAGGGCGAAGGAAUUCAGGUUGUACCAUUCCGUGCGGGCAAAGAGACUUGGAGCCUGCAGUGGCUGUAGACGGCUCUUAGAGGGAGGGGCCUGCUCAUGAGAGGUGAGUACAUAGGAGCACACAAGCGCUACUCUGUAUGCUUGGUUCGAUGCUUGUACGGGCGUCUUCAUUGCUGGUCCAUUCUUUCUAUAAUAAAUACUUUCUCUAAAGCCGUAAAAUUGCAAGGUCUAGAUG